AUGGCGAAACCUGGAGAGGGGAAGUUUGAGGAGAAUGAAGGGGCGACUCCAUGGUUCCCGAUGGUGAGGAUGGAAGAGGUGAGGGGGAAGAUGAAAGAUGCAGAUGAUUUGUCCGACUUCUUGAAGGUUGAUGAUGAAAACAAGUGCCACCAGCGUUGCUUGAAUAACUGUUCCUGCUUAGGUUAUGCAUAUGGAAAGCUUCCUGGAGGAGAAGAAAUAGCUGUAAAGAGGCUGUCAAGAAUCUCUGGCCAAGGCUUAGAAGAGUUCAAGAAUGAAAUCAUACUGAUUGCAAAAUUACAACACAGAAAUCUUGUUAGAUUACUAGGCCGCUGUAUUCAGGGAGAAGAGAAGAUGCUGCUUUAUGAAUUUAUGCCCAACAAAAGCUUGGAAUUCUUUCUUUUUGCAGACCCUGCAAAGCAGGCAUUAUUAGACUGGAAGAAGAGGUUCAAUAUUAUUGAGGGGAUUGCUAGAGGUCUUCUUUAUCUCCAUCGAGAUUCAAGACUCAGAAUCAUUCAUGGGGACCUAAAGGCGAGCAACAUUUUGUUGGAUGAGGAAAUGAAUCCAAAGAUUUCAGACUUUGGUAUGGCCAGAAUAUUUGGGGGAAACCAAAAUGAAUUGAACACAAACCGAGUUGUUGGCACAUAUGGUUAUAUGUCACCUGAAUAUGCAAUGGAAGGCCUAUUUUCUGUCAAGUCAGACGUCUAUAGCUUUGGAGUGUUACUAUUAGAGAUUGUGAGUGGCCGGAGGAACACCAGCUUUCGUUUAACUGAUCAUGUCAGCCUCGUUGCUUAUGCAUGGGAAGUUUGGCACGGAGAUAAAGCAAUGGAGGCAGUUGAUCCAUCAAUUCGAGAUUCGUGUUGCGAGAAUGAAGUAUUAAAAUGCAUACAAGUAGGGAUGUUGUGUGUGCAAGAUUCUGCAGUUCAAAGACCAACCAUGUCAUCUGUGGUGUUAAUGCUUGAAAGCAAUAAUCCAACUCUGCCAUUGCCUAGGCAACCUACUUAUGCUUCAAUGAGAACCUCCAUGGACACACUUGAAAUCGAUCUUGAAGGCCAGGAAAUUGUAUCCUCAAAUGAUGUGACUGUUACAAUGAUUGAUGGAAGAUGAUUAACAUUUUUUUUUCCUUUCCCUUUGCGCUAUUUUUAUAUGUAAUUCAAUUCAAUAUACUUAUCAACAUCUGUGUAGAGUUUUUGUCAGUCAAUUUUGGACCUGCAUCUUGCUUAUUACUGUGUUCAUACUGGAAUUUGUUUCCAUUAACUUUUCUACGUGGGUUAGCAAGAAAUUCCAGAACUAGAGUGACAUGGGGUUGAGUUGAAGCAUUGUCAUUACAGGCCUAGAGAAUGAGAAUUGCAAUUUCUGGAAGCAGAAUCUGUGAAACAAAGAAAAGAAUUUAAUAUAAGAAGUCAAUUUUUGUUGAUCAGCUCAGGACAAAAUGUACCCAUCUCCAUCUGUAACAUAAAUUGCAUAUGUCUUUGUCUUUGUCCGCCUGAUGAAUAUCAAUGGUGUGUUUUGGCCUCU